AUGGGUCUUGAUCUUGCCUUUAAUAGCCUAAUUAUCAUUUUGCGUUGUGAAUUAGCAUUUUCAAAAGACAGAGGUUCGAUUAUUAUUUGUCUAGCUUCUGAAUUUGGUAUCAAAUUUGGUAUCGGGGAACUCCAAAGGGCAGCCAGUGUCGGGGACUUGACUUCAAUAGAGCAAUUUAUCAACAGCCAGGAACACCAUGUGGAUGAGCAUGACACAAAGCACAGGACGCCACUCCAUUACGCCUGUGCACACAAUCAUCCAGAUGUGGUAAAAUAUUUGUUAUCCAAAAAGGCCUGUAUUGACGUCCAGGAUGAUGAAGGCUGCACACCCUUGAUUAAGGCCACACAGAGGGACAAUGUGGAGUGUGUUUCGAUAUUACUGAUUGAGGGUGCUAACCCCCACCUGAUGGAUUUAAGUGGGAAUACAGCCCUGCACCAUGCUGUUUCAAGGGGCAACACAACAAUUGCCAGCAAACUGCUUGAGUACAAUGCAAACAUUGAAGCAAAAACGGAGUGCGGGUUGACACCAUUUAAACUUGCAUUAUUUGAAGAAAAAUACCAAAUGGCACAGUUUUUAAAACAGAAUGGUGCAAUUGCACCUUUGGAGGUUGAGUCAUACAG